AUGGGGCCCCUUCCACACAAAGCCACCACCUUUGAUCCUGAUGUCCUUCUCACAAACCAGGGGCUUGGCAACAUCCUCAUAAAUGUCAGUCUACCCCCUGUCCAUCCCCAGUCUACCCCCUGUCCACCCCCAGUCCACCCCCAGUCCACCCCCGUCUCCACCCGUCCAUCCCCAGUCUACCCCCUGUCCACCCCUGUCCACCCCCAGUCUACCCCCCUGUCCACCCCCAGUCUAACCCCCUGUCCACCCCCCGUCUCCAACCGUCCAUCCCCAGUCUACCCCCUGUCCACCCCCGUCUCCAACCGUCCAUCCCCAGUCUACCCCCUGUCCACCCCCAGUCUGUCCACCCCCCCCUGUCCACCCCCUGUCCACCCCCAGUCUCCCCUCUGUCCACCCCCAGUCUACCCCCUGUCCACCCCCAGUCUACCCCCAGUCUACCCCCAGUCCACCCCUGUCCACCCCCAGUCUACCCCCUGUCCACCCCUGUCCACCCCCGUCUACCCCCCCACGUCCACCCCCAGUCUACCCCCAGUCUACCCCCCUGUCCCCCCCUGUCCACCCCCGUCUCCCCUGUCCAUCCCCAGUCUACCCCCUGUCCACCCCUGUCUACCCCCUGUCCACCCCCAGUCUACCCCCCAGUCUACCCCCGUCUACCCCCCUGUCCAUCCCCAGUCUACCCCCCCAGUCUACCCCCAUGUCCACCCCCGUCUCACCCCCCUGUUCACCCCCAGUCUACCCCCUGUCCACCCCCAGUCUACCCCCUGUCCACCCCCGUCUUCCCCCUGUCCACCCCCAGUCUACCCCCUGUCCACCCCCCCAGUCUACCCCCUGUUCACCCCCGUCUCCCCCCCUGUCCACCCCCAGUCUACCCCCUGUCCACCCCCGUCUACCCCCUGUCCAUCCACAGUCUACCCCCGUCCCCCCCUGUCCACCCCCAGUCUACCCCCUGUCCACCCCCAGUCUACCCCCCUGUUCACCCCCAUCUCCCCCUGUCCACCCCCAGUCUACCCCCUGUCCACCCCCAGUCUACCCCCUGUUCACCCCCGUCUCCCCCACCUGUCCAUCCCCAGUCUACCCCCCAGUCUACCCCCUGUCCACCCCCAUCUCCCCCUGUCCAUCCCCAGUCUACCUCCCAGUCUACCCUCCUGUCCACCCCCAGUCUACCCCCAGUCUACCCCAAUGUCUGCGCGCUCCUCUAUGCACCCACAUACCUCCUCGUCUACCCCCAUCCCGUCUACCACCCAUCUACACCUGUCUACCUCCUCCCUCGUCUACCCCCCACCCCGUCUACCACCCAUCUAUACCUGUCUAUCCCCUCCUCGUCUACCCCCCACCCCGUCUACCACCCAUCUAUACCUGUCUAUCCCCUCCUCGUCUGUCCCCCCCCACCCCGUCUACCACCCAUCUACACCUGUCUACCCCCUCCUCGUCUACCCCCCACACCGUCUACCACCCAUCUACACCUGUCUACCCCCCCACCCCGUCUACCACCCAUCUACACCUGUCUACACCCCUCCUCGUCUACCCCCCACACCGUCUACCACCCAUCUACACCUGUCUACCCCCUACCCCGUCUACCCCUCAUCUACACCUGUCUACCCCCCUCCUCGUCUACCCCCCACCCCAUAUACCACCCAUCUACACCUGUCUACACCCUCCUCGUCUACCCCCCACACCGUCUACCACCCAUCUACACCUGUCUACACCCUCCUCGUCUACCCCCCCACACCGUCUACCACCCAUCUACACCUGUCUACCCCUCCUUGUCUACCCCCAUCCCGUCUACCACCCAUCUACCCCCUCCUCGUCUACCCCCCACACUGUCUACCACCCAUCUACACCUGUCUACACCCUCCUCGUCUACCCCCCACCCCGUCUACCCCCGUGUCUAGCCCCCUGUCUACCCCCUCCUCGUCUACCCCCCCCACCCCGUCUACCACCCAUCUACAUCUGUCUACCCCUCCUCGUCUACCCCCACCCCGUCUACCCCGUGUCUAG